AUGGCUUCUCAGCUCCUUCCCCUCGAGCUCAUUGACAAGUGUGUUGGCUCCCGGAUAUGGGUUGUCAUGAAGGGUGACAAGGAAUUCUCCGGAACCCUCCUCGGAUUCGAUGACUACGUCAACAUGGUCAUGGAAGAUGUGACGGAAUUCGAUUACACCGGUGCUCAGAUCAAGCUCCCCAAGCUCUUGUUGAACGGUAACAACAUCUGCAUGUUGAUUCCUGGCGGCGAAGGACCUGUGGCAAGCUCAUAA